UACUACGACAUGAUAACAGACCUCUACCAAAGAGGCUGGGGAAACAAAUUCCACUUCUGCGGCUACCAACCGGGCGAAUCCUGGGAAACCGCACAAGCGCGCCACGAUCACUUCCUAGCACUAAAACUCGGCCUUCAACCGGACUGGAAAGUUUUAGACAUGGGCUGCGGAAUCGGAGGCCCAGCACGAGAAAUCGCAGCAUUCACAGGUUGCAAUAUAACAGGAAUCAACAUCUCCCCUCUGCACGUCGAACGCGGAAAUCUCAUGAACAAAUCCUCCGGCCUAGAAACCCAAGUAAACCUCAUCGAAGGAAACUUCAUGUCCAUGCCCUUCGCAGACAAAACCUUCGACGCAGCAUACGGAAUCGAAGCGAUCUGUUGCGGACCAGAUAUGUUGAAAACAUAUCAAGAAGCGUUUCGAGUUUUGAAACCGGGAGGGGUUCUGGGGACGUAUGAGUGGGUGAUUACGCCGAAAUAUGACGAUAAAAAUGACGAGCAUCGGAAGGCGAGGUAUGAGAUUGAGAGGGGUGGGAGUGUGCCGCAUUUGAGACUUGCGGAGGAACAUAUGGCUGCGAUGAAGGAGGCCGGGUUUGAGAUUUUGUUUGAUGAGGAUCGGGCUUUGGCGAAGGCGAAUCCUGUGCCGUGGUGGCAUUCGCUUGCUGCUUUGCAUGCUCCGACUUGGCGGGAUUGGUGGCAGGCUUUUUGUUUGAGGCCUUCUUAUUACCAUUUCGCUUACGCAAUCGUCAAGGUCUUCUGGAGGCUUGGGCUCACUCACCCUGCUAAUAUGGAGGCUCUUGAUACUGUUGCUGAAUGCACCUUUGGAUGCAGAGAUGGUGGGAGACUUGGCUGCUUCACGCCAAUGCACAUGAUGAUUGCGAAGAAGCCGCUCAAGGCUGUGGAGAAGACUCAGUAG